AUGCGAAGCUGCAUCAACCUCUGGAUCGUGCUUGCACUCGUCGUCCCUGUGCUCCUCUCUCUCAGAAGCCCUCGAGGCGAAACCCAAACCAAACCUUCUUCUUCUUCUUUCUCUGAUUCUUCUUCCUUCUCCGUGAAGCUUGCCAACACAUUCCACUUCAACCAAAGGAUCCGAGACGGGUCCAAUCUCGAAUACGAUUUCUACAGGGACACGUGUCCCCAAGCCGAGGGCAUUGUCCGUUCAGCGCUCACGCGCAUCUACUUCGACCACAGGGACGUUGCACCUGCUCUGCUUCGUCUCUUCUUCCACGAUUGCUUCAUACAGGGGUGUGAUGCUUCGUUGCUGUUGGAUGAGAACGAUGGUGAUAGUAACCGUUCCGUGGAGAAGCAGGCUGUGCCAAACCAGACAUUGAGAGGUUUUGACAAAAUUGAUUUGAUAAAGGAGGAGGUGGAGCAAGCAUGUCCUGGUGUUGUGUCUUGUGCUGAUAUAGUUUCUCUUGCGGCCAGGGAUUCUGUUCUUCUGGCUGGUGGACCUUUCUAUCCUGUUUUAACCGGCAGAAGGGACAGCCAUCAAUCGUUUUACGAAGAAGCAACUGCGCAGAUUCCCAGACCUGAUGAUAAUGUUACACGCACACUGCAUCUCUUUAAUCUCAGAGGGUUUAAUGCAAGAGAAACUGUCAGCCUUCUUGGAGGACACAACAUUGGCAAAAUUGGUUGUGAUUUCAUUCAUCAAAGGCUGUACAACUUUCAAGGCACAGGACAGCCAGACCCCAGCAUACCUCUUGAUUUCCUUCGUCAGAUGAGACUAAACUGCCCAGACAGCACGAACACCAGCAGCAAUGAAGAUGAGUUUGUGACUUCAAAGCCCAUGAGCAGUGAUGUUCACUCUAGACUGGGGAUGUCAUAUAUGCAAGCACUGUCAUCUUCAGUGUCAUCAGGUUCAGCAUUUGACACUCACUACUACCAGAGCCUGCUAAGAGGAAGAGGACUACUUUUUGCUGAUCAGCAACUGAUGGCUGAGGAGAAAACUGCCAGAUUGGUCUCUGCUUAUGCUUCAGAUGAUGGAUCAACCUUUCGCAUGGACUUUGCCAGGGUCAUGUUGAAAAUGUCUAAUCUUGAUGUUUUGACAGGACUUCAAGGUCAGGUUCGACUCAAUUGCUCCCAACCUGUGACUUCUUGA